UCGUUCGUUCGUUCGCUCGCUCGCUCGCUCGCUCGUCCGUCCGUUCGUUCGUAUGUGCGCGCGUACGUUCGUGGCGUGCGUUCCUGCAUCAGUGUCUCCCAUCUGCGAGUAGCAACUCUGUCGUGGUCGCUAUUUACGUGUACAUCCAUUUGUUCAUCCGUUUCGAGAGAGCGAUACGUACGUGGUGCCUCUCCAUUCUCUCUCUCUCUCUCUCGCGGCACCUCAUCCGGACACGACACUUGCCCCCGCGAACGAACAUCGUCUGCUGCUUCCACCACCAUUCGUCUAUUCUCCACCGUUCGCCUUUAUUCGCGCGCGCUUGUCCGUUCUUCUCUUUCCCUCUCUUCCUUUCUCACUUGCUCUCUUUUCCUCUCUCUCUCCCUCUCUCUUGUUCGCCUUCCUGGCCUUCCCCUACCAUCAAUCACGGAGUGUAGUGUUCCGUGUGUAUCUCACCUCCGCCUCCGUGUGCGCCGUCUACCGCCUGUCUCUACUCUGUGGUUGUGUUAGUGUGUGUGUACCGUGCGCGCAACGAGCGAGGAACAAGAUGGCCGCCGACUCAGGAAUGGAGACGUGUCCCUCCCCGGAGAUUGCGGACUCCAGAAAGCGGCCGCUCGACUGCGACGCGGAAAACGGUGCAACCAAGAGGUCGCAUUACGGAUCAGGUGGAGAUGGAACGUAUCACCUCAAAGUAUUGGUACCCGGUGUGGCGGCUGGAGCCAUCAUCGGGAAAGGUGGAGACACAAUUGCUCAACUUCAAAAGGAUACGGGGGCAAGGGUGAAGAUGUCUAAAUCACACGACUUUUAUCCGGGAACUACCGAAAGAGUAUGUUUGAUCACAGGCAGUGUAGAAGCUAUAAUGGCGGUCAUGGAUUUCAUCAUGGAGAAGAUACGCGAGAAACCUGACCUCACAUCAAAAACUACGGUCGAUUUUGACUCUGGUAAAGCCACUGCGGAAAGAGACAAGCAGGUAAAGAUUUUAGUGCCUAAUAGCACUGCAGGGAUGAUAAUAGGAAAGGCCGGGAAUUACAUUAAGCAGAUUAAAGAAGAAUCUGGCUCGUAUGUCCAAAUAAGUCAGAAAGCUAAAGAUCUAUCUCUUCAAGAGCGAUGCAUAACGGUGAUCGGUGAGAAAGAAAAUAAUCGUAAUGCAUUACUCAUGAUCUUAGCGAAAGUGGCAGAUGAUCCACAAAGUGGAACCUGUCUUAAUGUCAGUUACGCGGAUGUAAGUGGUCCCGUUGCCAACUACAAUCCUACAGGCAGCCCGUAUGCUCAAGCCCCCACAAGUACUCCCACGUACACGUCUACAGCCGGUUUGAACACAGUGAGUCUCUUGAAUGGCGCUGGUCUAAGUCUGAAUCUGAAUCUGGGCGCGGCCAUUACAGCGGGUACCGCACCGGUGACGACGCAGUUGUUGGAACAUAUAAAGCUGAAUCUACGUACAACAGGCUUCACCGAGCCUGCCGCUUCGGAGAUACUCGCCGCGAUUGCUACCCUCGCCAAGUACAAUAUCCUUGGGAUGGGGAUCGGCAUGCCGUCGAGUAUGAGUUACUUGGGCAAUCCGAUGGAUAGUACCACGACCGCGAAUGGUUCGAACAACAACGGCGGUGUGUUUGGACCGAUCGGUACUGUGCCCGCGCUCGGAUCGACUUCACCAACGCCGCGCAACACCCUCGAUCGGUACGAGCCGUUCGAUCCGUUCAGACAGAACAACACUGCUGCCAGUGCUAUACACCUGAACAACAAUUCGUUUGGCUUGGGCACUAACCAGUUAUCACUUGAAGACUAAAAUUGAUGAGAUGAUGGCAUGCGAAACAUACGGAUUCCAGCAAGGAGAAAACACGAGAGACAAAGAGAAAGAGAGAAAAAAUAAACGAGAGAUCGAACUUUGUCGACGAUAAGUGAACGAAAGGAGAAAAUGUGCCAGUUAGCGUACACGUUAUAACGUUAUAACGUUAUAACGUGUUAACGACUUUGUGUGUGAGACUCACGAUCCGAGACGAGGAGAAAAUGAAAGAAACAGAAAGAUCGGACGAAGCAGAUUUUCUCGAGCGAAUUGCUAAAAAAGAAAAGAAAAAAAGUGGAAGAUGAGUCUCUUUCUGCGAUUAAUUCCGGUAAGAAUCAAACAGCGACAACAACAACAACAACAACAACCGAAUCAACAGUAAAAGAAAAAAACGAUACGAAAGAUUACACGUGUAGAAGCCAUAACGCGAUCAGCCAGUCUAACAUAAGUAUUCUUCUUAGUGUACGUGGGUUUAAAAUAUCGCCUGUUACAUUUUAGUACCAUAAUAAAAUAGCAUGAUUCGUAGAGAGUUCGUCGGUGGGAGCGUCGUUUUAACGGUGGUUCCAACGGUCGUUUCUCUUCCCCCCCUCGGAAUUCGGGAUAUGCAGUUCUCGCGUUCGACACUUAUCUGUGAACGCAGAAGACGCGAGAGGAAUGUCGCGCGUCUCAUGGGGUCGCGGAUGUUAUCAGACCGAGGAAAAUAAUACGUGUGAUACAUCUUUAAAGAUCCGGCUGUGAGCGAAAUUAACGCGGACGGGAGUGCCACUAAUAAAAUCGCGGAUAAGCGCAAAACGCAUUAUCGGCUGGUUGACCGUUACUUAACGGGGUUUUUGCGUCUCGAUUCACGCAUAGAAAAUAAUCGCAACCCAGCGAAUCAAACGUGCCCCUAACAAAGAGCCGAUGAAAUUAACCGACAAAUAAAAAUGCGCUGAAAAAUGUGUGCAAUAUUUUUGCAUUUUGAUUAGCUAAAACUUUAAUCAAAAGCUUUACGCGGCAGUGUGUUACGUAUUAGCGCUCGGAUUUUCGCGAUGUGAGUAUCGCGAAAAUCCGAGCGCUCGGUAUCGAUCUUAGUAUCGACUCGAAACGCGAAGAAAAUCCCGGAAGAAAAGCAAAUUAGAGAGAAGCGAUCGCUGAACCAUUAUUAAAACGACGCCCUUGGCCGAAAUUUCCGGAGUCGCUUUAACGCCGUACGUGUACAUGCGUUUAAGUGCACUAUAGUGUGUGUGUGUGUGUAUAUAUGUAUCUUUAAUUACUAGCAUACCGAAGAGUAUGUAAUAACGACGAAUAACAUCCAAGUACACAGUUCGAGUGUGUGUGCGGACUCGAGUCGCGAGUGAAUCGGUCUCGAUUUCGUUGCGGAUCAAUAUUAACUUCGUUGCAAGCAGACGCGCCGAUAAUCGACAUCAUUAUCCAGCGGAGAGUAAUUGGCGACGGGGUUAUUGUUAUGUGUAAUAGUAUUGAUCUAAAAAGGGACCGCAUUCGAUCUCCCUUCGAGCCUCAACGAUCUCGAUUUCGGAAUAGAGCGGAGUAAAUGUUCUAAAUGCUCUUGCAGUCCUCGUUUAAUCGGUAUAGUUGAGAGAACGAACGGAGAGAACAAUUUCCAUUUAAACAAGAGAAAAACUGAAAGGAAUAUCUUUCAAUCUUGCACUCUUGUAACUGCAAGUUUCGAUGGUUGUCCCGUCGAACGAAUUGGCGUAAGUAAGUGAAUUCGCAUAAGUAACGAUAUUCCGCUCGAGAUCGUGAAAUCCGCAGAGGGAACGAAAAAACGUUCGCACGUAUCGUUGAGGAUUUUUCUGAGACGAAACGGACGAUGUGGUGACGUCCGCACGAACGUGGCAAAGCAGUAUUGGUCGGCCAGUCAAUGUUACCUACGAGUUGUUUAAGAGAAGAGGGCACUUAUUACCGUUUGCAAUUCAAUAGACCGGCAGUCGUCGCUCUUGUUAGUAGAGAAUCUUUUAUUUUUUCACACAAAAAAAGCUUCGUUCUCUUUUCUUUUUUGUACAGUUUAAGAUAUAUUUCGUUCGUUCGUUAAAAGUGAGGGAGGACCGCGGCGUGACGUGUGCGUUAUAUAUUUAUAUAGCUACAUGUACGUAUAUAACGCGUUUACAUAUAUAUUUAUGUAAAAAUUAUAUAUAAUUAUAUAUUAUCUUAUAUAUAUAUAUAAAAUUAUAUAUAUUUAUAUAAUCAUUUUGUUAUAUAUAAUUAUAUAUAAAUGUGUGUACAGCGCGUCGCGUCGCCAGUCGAUAGUUGUACACAAGAAUUACUAGACAUAGAUGUGUAGCUAGUUUCUUAAAUCUCUUACGAAAAAUCGUCAUUACAGGUUCAACGUUUUAAACGACAAAUGAUCCACUCUAUCCGAGACAAAAAAAAAUAUAUAUAUAUAUAAAGAAUCACGUACACGCGCGUCCGUGUAGGCGUGUACGAACUCUACCGUACACGCGUAUACGACGAUUAUCAUGGGAGAUUAUAUGAGAGAGAAAGAGAGAAGAGCGAGAAUCGCGUUCUCGCAGACACAUGGGGGGGAAGGGCGGGGGGGGGAAGGUGUAGUACAGCUUUAGUAGUAAUCAGGGAAUUGUAGGAAUUGCAUUGACUCGCCUCGAUUCGAUUAAAAGUACGACUAUUAUUACAAUAACUAAAUAAAAAAAAGAAGCAACUGAGAAUUCGACACUGGUCGUCGCCGCGCGUAGGGGUGGUGGUGGCUUGUGUGUCACGUUACUUGGCUGUGUGUGCUAGGCUACAUCGUAAAUCAUGUUCCAUCGCGUUCUCAUCGCUCCCACACUCUCGCAUAGGCUCCAUUAAAAAACUAAUGUGUAGGAAAAUAGAGACGAAGAAAACAAAAAAAAAAGAAAAUGAACGAGAGGAAAUGCAAAAAAGAGGCAGAGAAAUAUAAAUAUAUAUGUAUAGAUAGAGUAACGAGACGAGAUUCGCGCUGUUGUUAAUUAUUAUACCAACGAUAAGAGCGAGUAUUUGACUCUCACGUUUUACGCCAGGGGUUAAAAAAGAAAGAAAGAGGUCUUUUCUUCCCUUCCACCCCUUCAAUCCGUAUUUUCCUCUAUCCCAUACCUAUACCUAUACCCAUACCCAUACCCAUACCCAUACCCAUACCCAUCCGCCAUCACUCUUUAGUGCCAUAUCGAAUUUCCCUAUAUCCAUCAGCUACACUUGUUAACGUUUGACAGUAGAACGUGUUGUUAAAGAUGUGUAUAUCUCCCUGCUGGACGCAGGAUCGUUUUUCAAUAAAGUCGAACUGUACGUUUAUUUCUCAUUAUAUUUACCGAAUAUAUCGGAAUAUAUUUACGAAUAUAUUUAUCUUUACGUACGUCUGCUCAGUUUGCGGGAACUGGAAGAAGAGGUGUGUCUUUUGGCGAUAGCCAAGAAAAGGACUGUAACAGCUUGGACUGUAACAGACAAGAUCGUCCGCCGCAAACUGAGAGGAAUGUUAAUUAAUGGAUAUUUUAACGUUAUAACGUUCUUGCGAGUUUCGCGUUUUUCCUGUUUCUUCUUUUUUUCUUUGUUUUUUCUACCUUCACAUGCGUACGUUGUAUCUUGUUCAAGUCUGUCUUACGAUCGGCGAUGAUAAUACCCGAAGAUAACGCAACGAUUUCCGAAGCUGAUAUUCACGUACUGAUAAUUCGACGAUAUAUCUGAUUCGUGAUUAUCCGUCGCGAUCGCUGCCGUAGAAAGAGAAACGUCCGUUAAAUUCGUUAAAGAUAAUAACGUCGGGAGGGCCGCGAGAAAAUUUUUACAAAAUUGCCGUGUAGAUAAAGAAAUCGAUCGAUCGAUCGAUCGAGCACCAAGGCCUAUACCGAUUGUCAAAUGACGAGGAAAAGGCGUGCGAGUUAACUGUUUGCGAUGUAUCGCGAUCGACUAUCGUUUCCGAGAAAAAAUAUUGCAUUUGCACCUUAUUAGGAAUUUUACUUCCCCAAACUGCGUUGGUUUACUGCCACUUUUUUGCAAUCGUUCGCUAUAAUCAAACGUUUGAAUACGAUAGGAAAAUUUAAUAUAGCCGAAAAAAAAAAAUCGGUGUACACCGUAAUAUAUGUAUAUAUACGUAUAUACAUGUAUAUUACGCUAAAACAUGUUACAUUCUAAGGAUGUUGCUAUAGAGACCGCCACUAAAGAAAAAGAAAAGAAGAAUUUAUUUAUUGCAUCGCGCAUGUUGCAUUGAUCGACAAUAGCAGAGGCGAACAGUUAUAUUACAUGUAUAGUUACGAAAGUAUAUAAACUUAUCGCGAAGAUUAUUCACACUCGUUACACAUACAUACACAUACACAUAUAUACACAAACAUACACAGACAUUCAGAAAUCAGACAUCAUCAUUCGAUCGACUCGAUUCGAGACACAUUUCUCAUAUCACGAUCCUCGUUUUCCCUAGUUCAGCAUCAUUCUUACAAAGUAAUGCGCAUCUAAUGAAGGAAAAAAAAAUAUUAGGAAAAAUUUUACGCACGUCGAAAGACGUAACGAGGCGGCGUUACACGUCCGGUAUAGAACAUUCGUUACAAAAUAAUUAAGAGAGAAAGAGAGAGAGUGAAUGAGUGAGUGAGUGAGUGAGUGAGCGAGUGAGCGAGUGAGCGAACGAGUGAGCGAGCGAGCGAGCAAGCGAGAAAGAGCGAUAGAGAGAGAAAGAAAGAAGGUUGUACAAAAAUUGUAUGUAAUGUUAUUUUAUCGGAAGUGAGAAUCUUAGUGUUAGGCUGUUAAUAUGGUAUAUUAUUUUGGGUAAGCGUAUGUAAAAAGAAAAAAACAGCAGAUAAGGACAAAAGACGAAACCGCGCUCGGAACGAGAUCGUUGUUGUUGAGGUAGAAGUAGUACAUUAGCAGCUCGGGGAUUAUAUAAAGGAGACUAAAACCGAUUAAGUAAACUAAUGUAGAGAGACAGAGAGGGCGGGAAAGAAAGAGGAGAGGAAGAGGAAACUAUUGAGUACCUUGUUGAGUAUAAGUAGUCGUAUUGCUAAGUCGUAAGUGCACACAUGGGUGCGCGUGUGCUCUCAUUCAUACACAUGUACACAACUAUCGUUCACGCUACACACAUACCCACACACACACACACACACAUACGGAAAAAAUAUCGGACACACAAACGCGCGAGGAACGAAACAAUACACAGCUACAUGUACACACUGUAUAAUGUCAAAAUUGCAUGUCUACACGCGAAUAGAGAGGUUCCGCAAAAAGAGAAAAAGAGAGUGAGAGAGAGAGAGAGAGAGAGAGAGAGGCAGAGAGAAAGAACGCGCGUUUGCGUCUCACUUUCGACGUUAAGUCUUUACGAGCAUCUCAAUUACGGCGAAUUAUUAGAUCGAGAAUAGCGUUAUCUUCCAUGAUAAUAUAUAGUCGAGAUACAAGAGGGAGAAGGAGAAAUAGAGAGAAAAAGAAAGAAAGAAAGAAAGAGAGCAGCUGGCUGCGAAGGUACCAUAGAGAGAUUUAUUCGUCGCACCGAUGAUGAAUCGCGAUCAAGUAUUGUACCUUACAUUCCUUCGGCUAUAAAGUAAUUUAAGGAAUACAUAUACACAAAAAUACACACGCAUACAUACACGUACAUCAUGCGUUUCACCGAGUUUGUAGUGGAUUAUGCUGCGCACGACUAGGCGAAAGAUUCAUCGUUAUCAUUUUACGUUAGGAUUGUUGUGUACACAUUAUUAAACGUUCGGUUUUUUUCUUGCCGACAACACCUACACACAGAAAUACGUCACAUACACACACAUACACACACAUGCACACAUAUACACACACGAGAACGCAAACGGUGCAUUACGAGCAAUGAGGCAAAAUUGCGUAUUUUUUAAUAUUCUGAGAUGUCUCGUCUCCGUGUGAGAAGGAGAGUGAGAGAAAAAAGAAAAAGGAAGAGAGAGGAAAAAAGGGUAUUGCGAUUCAACUUCGUACUAGACGGAGAGAGCUAAGAUUAUCGAUAUUUACGCUAAGUUAGUAGUAAAAAAAAAAGAAAAAAGUAGUCGUAACUCUUCAGAAGUACGGAUACACUUUUAGACGAGUAAGGAACCGAGAAAGCAGGGAAAAACAUUGUAAUCGGUUGUCGUCGAGAUAAUAAUCGAAGAAUCGACGCGAUUGCAUCCGUGGUAUCGUCGAUUUCGUUCCGCUGAACCGAUCGUUACGGUCAGGAAUAUCUCAUCGCUAAUCAAUACAUGUCAUUAGGAAACAUCAUUCAAAAUCGUUCAAUUAUGUCAUCAUGUGCAAAGAAGAGCGAAAUGUUCCGUAAUGUCAGUGCAAGUCUGCCGAGAUCGCUCUCGAAACGCGAAUCUUCAUCGUUCUUGUUGAAGAAUCGCUCGUCCUCGUCGAGAAUAUUGCUCGUCUUCGUUUCUAUGUUAGAAAGAACGCUGAAACAUCCAAUCGACGAGAGGUGUCAAUUGUACAUACAAUCGUUUGUCAUAAUACAAAUCGUGUCUUACAUCGCGCAAUCUUCGUUCGUACGUAAUCUGUCCGAUCAGUCUAGUCUCAUCUUCGUUUUCUCCUGGAGUCUCCGCCUGAAAACUUUCGGGCUUAUCACUCAAUGUGAAAAUUGUCAAAAGAUUUUUUUAGAGAGCGAUCCAAUGUCCGAGGUGCGAAAUUGCGAAAGAAAAAGAGAGAGAGAGAGAGAGAGAGGGAGAGAGAGAGAAAGCUACUUAUGCUCUACUAAUCGUAUUAGAUAAGAUCGAUUCGUUCAUCGCGACCGACGACACCACGGAUGUCCGCGUAAGAGAAAUAUCUCGUAGAGAUAUGUUCACCGCUUUAAAGCAGAGAUUCAUGUAAAGAAUUUAUUUACAAUGGCGAAAAAGAGAGGAAACGAGACAAUUUGUCAGUAACGUAGGUGAGAGAAACGCGCGACGUCGAGGUACGCAUACGUUCGUACGUAAAGCUCGUAAGGCUUACGGAGAGAAACAAACAAACAAACAAAAGAAGAAAAAGAUUCUCUAUUUAUUGAUUAACGCGGAGCGUUACGCAACGCUUGGUUUUACUUUCGCACUUUCGCUCGUCGAUGAAGUUAACAAGUAAUACCUGCAUCCCGACGUGACCUCUUUGGGCACACCGCUAUAUCUCUGGUUAUUUUUUUUUUUUUUUCAUUUUUUCCCCGUUGCACCGACGAGGUAUAAUUUAGUUCACGGCAUCUCUUUUUCCCGCGCGAAGAGCUAAUCUUUACGAUAUAUUUACUUUACACUCUAACCACAUUUAUUUGCAUCCAUAAAUUGUUAUUCUUUCAUCAUCAAUUUAUUCCAUUCAAUGUUAAAUAAUUAUAUAAAAGUUUAAACAAACAAAAAAAGAGAGAGAGAGAGAGAGAGAGAAGAGAGAAAAAGGAGAAAACAUAAUAUAUUAACUAUUUUCACUCAUGAGAAAGCAUCGUUACCUGUAUGACAAGUGACCAUAAUAAGAGCAUAAUAAACAAUCGCUCAUUAAAUGCAUUCUGUUGUUCUUCAUUUCAUGACCUGGCCACCGUCCAUACAUCCAUCCAUCCAUUUGUCCAUUCAGUGUCGCAAGUAUGAUCAUCAUACGCCAUCGUCUGUCAUUCACCAGGCUCUCGUGUUCCCGUUGAAUCUCUCGCGCUGAAUCUGACACAGUGCCCGCGGUUUCUCGUCAAGAAAGAUUUCUCUCACUGAGAAAGGAAUCCAAAGAAGCGAAAAGUCUCGAAGCGCAAUUGUAAUUUUUGUGGAAAUUGGGAAGGUGUCGCGCGCGCGCGAUUGGAAUAGUGAAGGCGACGAUGGCAAAGGAAAGAACGAGAGAGUGAGGACAGCCUUCCAAAUUUCGACAAAAACUCACGAAGGCGGUAGGCACGAUUGUAAAAGUCGUAGCAUUUAUCGGCAGAAAGGUCGCGACGCUUGUUAUGUAAAUCUCCCCAAUUACCGCCACGCGAUCAUUUCUCAACGGCGGUCCGACCGAUCCUCUAUCCCUGUCGUUUCGAUUCCGAAAGGCAAGAGACAGUAAAGACGGCUGAACCACAAGUCGCCACCCCUUUUUUAACCGAGCGUUAAUUAAUCGACUAACUAAACUAAUCUGAGAUAGAGAUGCACGUCUCUCGUUAUUCCGACAUCUUCAUUGAAGCGAAAGACGCGAUAAACUUCUUCGCGACAUUCCCCCCGCGCGCCUCCGGAAGCUGUAUUGUCCGUCUGUUGCCCACAGCCGUACCCGUUCGCCAGCCAAAGAUCAAUUUUUCUAAGCCACACGUGUGUGCGGCUUUCGAGCCAGACCUCGCUCGUAUCAGAUCGCUCGAUAUCAGUAUUUCGCGCGUGGCAAAAUCGAGUGUGCAAACACGAUUAUCGUUGCGCGCCGCCGAUUCUCCCCGGUGAAAAGUCGACAAGAUUGACGAUAUUAAUCACGGCAGGCAUAUCACAUUGUUCCGCACGUAUCGCACGGAUAUUAUAUUAAUCUCGACUUCUUAUGAAAAAAUAAUUAUAUAUAAAUAUAUUCUUUGUGUGUAUAUAUAUAUAUAUAUAUAUAUAUACACAUGUAUAUAUACCUCAUUAGGGAUAGCGCGUCGUAAUUACGAUUUCAUCGAGUCUCCUGUUUUUGUUUCUCUUUUCCUUCUUGUAUACUUUCUUUUUUCCUUCUUAUUCUUUCAUUUUUACAUUCCUCCGGGUGUACAAACUCAAGCGUAAGGCGAGAUGCCACUCUAACUAGUCAGUAAACGAAGGAUUGUAUUUUUUACGCGACGAAUUAUUUGUAAUAAAAGAAAGAAUUAUAAUUGAGAGAAGUGCAAUGGCGAAGAGAGAGAGAGAGAGAGAGAGAGAGAGAGAGAGAGAGAGAGAAAGAAUGAGAGUGUGUGUGUGUGUGUGUGUGUGAGAGAGAGAGAGAGAGAAAAAGAAAGCGUCGAGUAGACACGGUCUAUUUUGGAUGAAUUUAUUGUCGAGCUUUUGAUAAAAGAAAACGAAAUGUGUAAUGUACUGCAGAAGUAACAAAUAAAAAGCUAUUUUUGUACGAAUAA